GCGGCUGUGGGUAGCUGGUGGAGAGAGAAGUUAUGAUAUUACUUUUGGGUUUGUAGUCUUUUACAGUUUUAGGCUUCAACAGUUUUAUGACAAACUGCAACUUUCUUGACUUGCAAAUCUUUUUAAUCAACAAACAUCAUAUAUGUAAUUCAUGGCACAAUUCAAACUGGAUCAAAAAAUGAUUUGUAUCUCGCCGUUGAUGAUCACCAUAAAUGUUUUCUGAAAUGAAGUCCCACGGUGGUCCAGUGGAAGACGAGGGACUCAGGCUCUAUUUUAUCAUAAAUGUGGCAAAAAACCACAGAGCUUUUGUUUAUAUUUUAUUUAACCAGGAAAAGUCUCAUUGAGAUUAAAAAUCUCUUUUACAAGAGUGUCCGGGCCAAGACAGGCAGCAGCACAAUUAUCAGACAAACAUGAAACAAUUUACAAUGAAAAAAAUGAAUAAAUUACAGGCUAAUAAAAUAUGUUGAAAAUAUUUUGAGAGGUGUAGUACUUGUAUAUACCAUCAGUAGUUUAUUUCAAUAUUAAAAAAAAAAAAAGACGUUAAAAGUUCAAAUAAUUUUUUCCCAUAUAUUAUUGGCAACGUGUCUUUUAUUUUGAAAUGUGCCACCGGAAGCGCUUCACGGUCCGGUGCUCGGUGUUCGGUUCAGCGAGCAGCGGUGUCUCUUCAUUUAGAGCGCUGCUCGACACCGAGCAGCACAGACGCUUGUAUCCGCAGCUCGGUGGCCGUCCCUCGGCCAUGGCCUCCGUCACCUGCCGGGUCCAGUACCUGGAGGACUCGGACCCGUUCAUCUGCACCAACUUCCCCGAACCUCGAAGACCUCCGACGGUCAGCCUGGAGGAGAACCUGCCGCUCAGCGAGCAGAUCUCCGGGAUACACAAGCUGCUGGAGGCGCCUCUCAAGUUGGAGGAGUGCACCCUCCAGUUGUCUCCUAAUGGAAACUAUCUGGACCUGGACGCGUCUCUGUCCGAGCAGAGAGACGAGCUGGAGAGCUUCUACGAAGACGUGACAAAAGGGAAGAAGCCCAUCCUGAUCCUGAGGACUCAGCUCUCUGUUCGUGUUCACUCCAUCCUGGAGAAGCUGUAUAACUCUCACGGUCCGGAGCUCAGACGAUCUCUCUUCUCUCUCAAGCAGCUCUUCCAGGAUGAUAAAGACCUGGUUCCAGAGUUCGUGGCGUCUGAAGGUUUGACGUGUUUCAUUAAAGUCGGAGCAGAAGCCGACCACAACUACCAGAACUACAUCCUGAGAGGAGAGUUUCCUGUUGAUCUGAACUGUAGAAGAGAGAACUGAGAGUCACCAGGAGCGCCGCAGCAGCUCUCAGUCAGAUCAUGCUGUUUGUGGACGGUAUGAACGGAGUGAUAAACCACACUGAGACGGUUCAGUGGCUCUACACGCUGAC